AUGGCGAUGAAUGUCGUGAACGCGGGGCACCGGACUAAGGUGCAUGAUGUGCGACCGGAGGCGGCGACAGACCUGCUGGAGGCGGGGGCGGUGUGGGCAGAGACGCCGGCGGAUGCGGCCCGUGGGAGUGAUGUGGUUAUGGGAUCGCUGCCGGGUCCACUGGAGGUCGAGGCGGUGGUGAAUGGAGAUCAGGGUGUGCUCGAUGGCGCUGCGGAGGGCUCUGUGUAUAUCGACCUGGCGACGAACUCGCCGAGCACCGUCCCAAGGGUCCGGACCGACGCCGCGGACCUGGGUAUGCUGACGGUGAUGGUGGGGGGCGAUCCGGACACGCUUGAACGGGUUCGGCCUGUGCUGAAUGCCAUCGCAGACCCGAGUCGCAUCUUCUACUGCGGUCCUGUCGGGUCGGGAGCCAUCUGCAAGCUGUGCAACAACCUCGUCAGCCACACCACCUUUAGCGUGCUGGCGGAGGCGCUUACAAUAGGUCUUAAGGCCGGUGUGCCCCUAGAGACGCUAUCGGCGGUCAUGGCCGCCGGGCUCGGCAUCCAGCCCCAAGAUCGGCCGGUUCGAGUCGGUUUUUCGAUCGGGACUUCGAUCCGGCCGGUUUCGCGUUCGUGA